CCGCCGCUGCCGCCGCCGCGCGGAGCCGGGACCGGCUCCCCUAGGGCCGCCGGGGCCGCCGCCGCCUCCUCGUCGCCGGUGCUGCUGCUUCUGGGGGAGGAAGACGAGGACGAAGAAGGCGGGAGCAGGCGGCGAAGGGGGCUCGGGCGGGUGGAGGAGAAGCCCCGAGGGGGCGCGGAGGAGGAGGAUGACGACGAGGAAGACGAGGACGAGGAGGUGGUCGUCGAGGUGGUGGACGGCGACGACGACGAGGAGGAUGGCGAGGAGCGUUUCGUGCCCCUCGGACCCGGCCGCGCAGUCCCCAGGGGACCGACCCGGGGCGCGUUGAAGGUGGGGAGCAUUAAGCGGGAAAUGACCUUCACGUUUCAAUCAGAGGACUUAAAACGUGACUCUAGCAGAAAAAUGUCUCAACAACAUUUGUUCUCCUUGGCCAUGGAGGAAGACGUGAAAACAGCAGACACCAAAAAAGCCAACCGGGUCCUUGACCAUGAAAAAGAAAACACUCGUUCCAUCUGUCUCCUUGAGCAAAAAAGAAAAGUUGUUUCUUCCAACAUUGAUGUCCCUCCAGCAAGGAAAUCUUCAGAGGAACUGGACAUGGACAAGGUGACAGCAGCGAUGGUACUAACCAGUUUGUCGACCAGCCCUUUGGUUCGAAGCCCUCCUGUGCGGCCGAAUGAGGGCCUCAGCGGAUCCUGGAAGGAGGGCGGCUGCGUGCCUUCCAGCACCAGCAGCAGCGGCUACUGGAGCUGGAGCGCCCCCAGCGACCAGUCCAACCCGUCCACGCCGUCGCCGCCGCUGUCGGCCGACAGCUUCAAGCCCUUCCGCAGCCCAGUGCAGCCGGACGAUGGCAUCGACGAGUCGGAGGCCAGCAACCUGCUCUUCGACGAGCCCAUCCCCAGGAAGAGAAAGAACUCCAUGAAGGUGAUGUUCAAAUGCCUCUGGAAAAACUGUGGGAAGGUGCUGAGCACUGCGGCAGGUAUCCAGAAGCACAUCCGGACCAUCCACCUGGGGCGUGUCGGGGACUCUGACUACAGUGAUGGAGAAGAAGACUUUUACUACACUGAGAUCAAGCUCAACACAGACUCAGUGGCAGAAGGACUGAGCAGCCUGGCCCCGGUCUCGCCCUCCCAGUCCCUGACUUCGCCUCCUACCUUCCCCAUCCCAGAUUCAAGCCGAACGGAAACUCCUUGUGCCAAAACCGAGACUAAGCUGAUGACACCCUUGAGCCGCUCGGCUCCCACCACCCUCUACCUCGUGCACACCGACCACGCUUACCAGGCCACACCCCCUGUGACCAUUCCAGGAUCAGCCAAGUUCACCCCCAAUGGCAGCAGCUUCAGCAUUUCCUGGCAGUCUCCUCCGGUCACUUUCACAGGCAUUCCAGUGUCACCAACACAUCAUCAUCCGGUGAGCACUGGAGAACAGAGACAGCACAGCCACACAAUCCUGUCCUCCCCACCCAGGGGCACCGUCAGCCUAAGGAAGCCUAGGGGAGAGGGUAAAAAGUGCCGGAAGGUGUAUGGGAUGGAGAAUCGGGACAUGUGGUGCACCUCCUGCCGCUGGAAGAAGGCCUGCCAGAGAUUCAUCGACUGAGCGAUGCCCAGGCAGAGGGGCCCAGGGCCCAGCCGCUUCUGCCCUGGCUUUCCGCUGUCGGUGUUGGAAAGAGCUUUUCCUUCCGAAUAAAACACACCUGAAGCCCAGGAAAAGCAUUGUCAGCAACCCUGGUGGAAUAACAGCAAAAAAAAUAGAAAAAAAGUCACCACCUUACUGCUGUUCUGAGAAUCCAGCCUAGAGCAGCUAUAUUUUUUCCUUCAAAAGAAAAGUCAACUUUUUGGCUGUAUGUGUAGGUCUUAAAACUGUGGACUUCUAUAGCAAUUGAACCAACAAAGCCCAUUUUACCUAGAAAGGAGGCAUAUUUUGAUAAGCUUUCUCAAUCAUGUUUCUGAGAUUUUUUUGGCACACACAACAAUAAGCUACACAUUAUUCAGUAGCAUUUGUACAAAGACCAAUACCUGCUUUUGUUGUGAAUAAUCUCUUCCCUGUUUUUUAUUUGACUUCUUGGAGCAGUAUACAUCAUGAUGUGUUGCAAGAAAGUGCAGCACUCUAUCUUUUUUAUGUCUUUUGGGGUUUGUUUUUAAGAAUGGCUCCAGACUGAACCAUGGUAGAGCUGUUAGCUUGGUGGACCCCAGAUGGCACAAACUCGAAAAGCAGUUGGGCAUGGAAAUCACCAGCAGACUUCAGCCCCAAGCUAAGUUCAGGAAAUCCUGUUGUCACUGUUGGAAAACAUCUAGGAGUCUUCCUUGGAUUUAGAAGAAGCUCUUCCCCAAGAGGCAGCACAGCUAAUUCUCUACCUGCCACCCUGCAGUCAAGAACUGGCACCCAUAGCCAUCUGGGUAAGCCUCGAUGCUUCUUUCAGGGAUGUGAUACAAACAGCAGCUCGAUUCUAUCUGUUACCGCUUGUCUGUCAAGACUGUAGCCAGGUUCAUGAGUCAUUGGUCCUUCCUUCCAAACUCCAUCACUGACUGAUUUCAGAAAACGUAGAGAACUCCAGCUCUCCCAGCAGGUUUGCUUUAGACAAAGAGCACAGCCAACACGUCCCCAUCUGUUCAGAAAGUCACGUUAGGUCAACACAUCGCUUCCAUUCUGAGUGCACUUUUACAGGGUUUAUGCUUUAGCAUGUCUAGGAGAUGGGUUAAUGAACAAUAUAAACAUUAUAUGGGUAAAUGGGAGGUGCAAACCUUUAUUUUUCUUAUGAAAAUAUUGAAGAUAUUCGUUAAGAAUUUGCUUAAAAGGGAACAUA